CAACUUCAUCUCCCCUCAGUCGUUCCACCGUGCUGGAUGCACUCGUGCCCAGCAUCGCAUCGCCCCUCAUCAUAUUCUUUCCCGUAUAGUACAUCGCUUUUGUAAAGUAUCAUUCGCUUUUUCAUCGUCGGCCACCCUCUUCCACAUAUACACAUCAUGACUGGAACCCCUCCUGCUGGCUGGGAGAGCCUGAACGAACGGCAGACGAGUUUGCUCAUGGAACAACGGAGGGAGAUUGACAAUGCAGAAGCAGGCAUUCUGAAUAAUGCUCAAUCACUCCUCGGCCCCGACACUGUCAAUUCGCUCUCAGGACUCGUCAACCCACAAACUCUCGCCGUUUUUCGCGAUCAGGACCGAUGGAAGAAGCUUUCUCGAGCAGGAUCUCAAUCAGCCUCGGUACCUAUCAAUAACGAUGUCUUGAAGAUAUCGACUUCGUGGACAGGAAUCCGAUCGCAGCUGGAUGCCGAGGAACAUUGCGAGCUUUCGGAAAAGGUUUCCCAGUCGAAAUCAAAGACACCGACCGCUUCACGUUUGGAAUAUAAGGAGAUGAGGACUUAUGGUGGAAUGCCCAUGUCGGACGACUUGGUGGUGGUUACAUGCACCAGCUGCGAUAAACCCAUGAUCCCGAGCGCGUACAAGGAACAUCGAGCAAAAUGCAAGGCCCAGUUGGCUGAAGCAUCAGCCGAGUCACCUUUGGUGAUUCGAACAGAUAUCCAGGACAAGAAGGCAGAUACAUCCAGAAUAAAGAAGAGGAAAGAGUCUACGACUAUGGAAGAACCUGAGACGCCAUUAUCAACAGUCGAAAUGUCACCGCCACCCACUCCUGAGAAGAAGCCUCACGAAAAGAAACAAAAGGUUGCGAAGCCGCCAAAGGUCAAGCCUCCUGGUCGAAUUAAGGGCCCAUUGGACCUGGACAAACAGUGUGGUGUGGUUAUGAUCCCUGGUGGACCUCCCUGCGCUCGCUCACUGACCUGUAAAAGUCAUUCUAUGUCCUCAAAGCGAGCAGUGGAGGGUCGUUCUCGGCCAUAUGACGUAUUGCUUGGAAUGUAUCAAAAGAAACCUGUACCAGUCAAAGACGAAAAGGCCAACCGAGACUCUGAGGUUCCUCUUGCCGAAAAGGAGGAUGUUAACGUGGAUUCAGAUGAGGAAUAUAACGAUCUACUAGAUGCAGUUAGGAGUUACGAACCACAACCCUUGGCUACGCGCCCGACGACAUAUAUUCGCAGACGUAACAAAUGCCACAGGAUCCGGGAGCUGCUCAUGGAUGCACUCAAAGGACCAUGCAGGCCGAUUCUUCCAGGCGGAUCGGCGCACGAACAAUCAUCAAUGCACCUUUGAAUUUAAAUUGGUUUUUUCAUGCCUGCUUUUUCGCUAUUUUGUCUUUUGUGCAUGACGAUCGUCUUGGUCUUUUUGCUUCCUUAUUCUCACUCUUGUAAAAUCCUGUACUUCUAAUUGAUCGCGAAUAAACUGAGCUGAAGAGCGCACGCCGAUUUCCCUCCAAAUAUUCCUUUCUUGAAGCAAUGAUGACAGGGGCCAAAUCAUGCUCUUUGAAAGCCAGAACAUGGACUAAACGACGCAUGUAUUCCUGCAACAUCUCUGAGUAUGCCAAAGCGUAGAUCUAAGGUAAUCCGCUUCCUGCUGUAUCCUGAAGUACAAAACGGCUCAUGUUCUCAGUCUGGU